AGCCCGGGCGGGGGGUGGCGGGAGGAGGCGUUGACCGAAGCGGAGGGAUGUGGAGAAAACAGCGCCAUAGCAGAUCCCGGAGCGUUAGGGUGGCACGCGACGUACGUCAGGCACGUUAGGCUCGAGCUGAAGCCUAACUGCCGGUAGAUCUGAUGGGAGGAAGAAACGUAUGUAUCCUCAGGGAAAACAGCGCUAACAGACAGGGAACAGAGCACGGUGCUGUGGGAGCCCCACUGCUGCUGGCUGCUUCCAAGAUGACUGUGCAGCUCCUCCGUACUCUGCCUUCAGUGCCCCUGCGGACGCUCCAGAACGCUGGGGAUGUGGCGCUGAGGGACACGGGGAGCGGUGGGACACAGCUGGAUACGCGUCCAACGGAACACAAGGGCAGGCGAUCCUCGGCACGAGACUGUGGUCCUUGUCCGGCUUCCGUGUGAAAAUGACCCAAAUUUCAAGAUAGAAGUUCCCAAGAGCAAGAAUUACUGUCUGUGCAUUGUACUGUGCCUGCUACAAGAGCUUUCCUCUGGGUGAGCUUCUGAAAUACACCUCUGUACCACAGUAGAUCAGCAGAGCUGUAACCUCAUCACCCUGUGCUUCUGAGAGUUCUCCAGGAGUUCUUUCUGGCUGGGCUGAGCGCUUGCCCUCUCAGGAGACGUUUCUUCAGCCUGCAGUAGCGGUGAGCUCCAACGCACGCUGGUCCCGUGAUUUUCCGUGCUGUGGGAUGAGACCUCCUGGUCAGCUCAGCCCCAAGGGGAGAGCGCAGGAGGAGCUGGACAGAGCGGUGCCACUUGCUGAGAGACUUGGCAUGGUCAGGAAUACAUUGAAGGCUGUCAAGAGGAAUUUAGUUAAGGGUUUUUCCACCAUGUUCGGAAAGAAAAAGAAAAGGCUUGAAAUUUCUGGGCCCUCUAACUUUGAACAUCGUGUCCAUACUGGCUUUGACCACCGGGAGCAGAAGUUCACAGGACUACCUCAGCAAUGGCACAGCUUGUUGGCAGACACGGCCAACAGGCCGAAGCCUAUGGUGGACCCAUCGUGCAUCACACCCAUUCAGCUCGCACCUAUGAAGACUAUUGUUAGAGGAAAUAAGCCUCGGAAGGAUACUUCAAUCAACGGCUUGCUCGAAGAGUUUGACAAUAUCUCCGUGACUCGAUCCAACUCCCUGCGGAAGGAGAGUCCUCCCACACAUCACCAAGGCAAUGCAAACCAUGUGCCAAGGCACCAGGAGGAAAAUGGGUACAUCACAUAUUCGCAGUACUCCAGUGAGUCAGACACAACAACAGACUAUGUCAUGGACAAGUAUAGAGACAAGACUCUCUAUGGGGAAGAGCUAGACAGGUACUACAAAGGGGGCUACGCUGCCAAGCAGAAUGGGCACAUGAUGAAAGUCACUUCCAGGGACAUCUAUUAUUCAGAAAUGACACCCCUGAAAUCAGACCUCUCCAGGUUCCUCCCAGAUUACCAUGCACAAGUGGAGGCGAAGCCCAAACCACUCGAAUAUGGAGGUCUAAAGCUGGAGUACCAGAGGAUUCCCAGUGGAUCCUCACUGGACUACCGAGACCCCUUCCCUUACGCCCUGUCCCGAGCGUCAGUGCAGAGCGAGUGCCCCAAGGAGAGGCUGGAGUACAGCGACGGCGACUGGGGGCACAGCCCAGCUAAGGAUGACUAUGACAAGAGACCCAAGUCAUCCUACGUGGACCCGGCGAGCCCUCAGCCAACCAUGAGGCAGAGGUCCAGGUCGGGCUCUGGUCUGCAGGAGCCAGCCAUGCCCUAUGGAGCAAGUGCAUUUAAAGCACACCAGCAGGGACACUCCUACAGCUCCUACACCUACCCUCGCUUGUCUGAAACUGCAGCAGGCAUCUCCAAGGUGGAUUACGACCGAGCACAGCUGGUAGUUAGCCCACCACUCUCUGGAUCGGACACCUACCCAAGGGGCCCAGCAAAGCUACCUCAAAGUCAAAGUAAAGUCAGCUAUUCCAGCAGCAGCUACCAGUACCCUCUGGUCUACCACAAAGCAUCCCACUACCACCAGCCACCACUCCAGCCGAGCUCUCCUUAUAUUUCCACCGCCUCCUACCCCAGCUCCCCAAGUAUCACAUCAAGUGCUUAUCCCCCGCCCAGCUGGGGCUCCUCCUCAGACCAGCAGCCCUCCAGGGUGUCCCACGAACAGUUCAGAGCUGCCCUGCAGCUGGUCGUCAGCCCUGGUGAUCCCCGGGAGUACUUGGACAGCUUCAUCAAGAUCGGGGAGGGCUCCACAGGGAUAGUCUGCAUUGCCACCGAGAAGCACACGGGAAAGCAAGUCGCUGUGAAGAAAAUGGAUCUCAGGAAACAGCAGAGGAGGGAGCUGCUGUUCAAUGAGGUUGUAAUCAUGAGAGAUUACCAUCACGAAAACGUGGUUGACAUGUACAACAGUUACCUUGUCAGCGACGAGCUGUGGGUGGUGAUGGAGUUCCUGGAGGGCGGUGCUCUGACAGACAUCGUGACUCACACCAGGAUGAACGAGGAGCAGAUAGCGACUGUCUGCCUGUCUGUCCUGAGAGCUCUGUCCUACCUGCACAACCAGGGUGUCAUCCACCGCGACAUCAAAAGCGACUCCAUCCUCCUCACAAGCGAUGGGCGGGUCACUGCCACAGCUACUCAAGGACAAUGCUUGCCUCAGUUCCCAAGUUGCCAGCACUGGAUGCGGGUCCCUCAUCUCUUGCAGCCAUUUUGGAGGAGUCUUCCCUGUCUCCCUCAAGCUCCUUACUACAUAAAGAUGACGGUUUUGAGGGGCAGACCACAGCACACCUGAAAAAUUGUUGCUUGGGGGUAUUGCUUUCUAGGAGUGUCAGAUCAUGCUCUGCGUAGAAAAAGAAACAUGAGAUUGUCUGUUUCCUGGCAAACUCAAAUCUCAAAGCUGAUAAAAUAGUAGGAGUGAUAUGUAUCACUUCCAGUAGGUAUUGUAUUGAAUAUUAGUAAAUAUACACACAUUGAGUUAAUAUAUUUGCAUAAUACUGUACGUUUAGAAUUUCUGCUUUCCUUUUGAGUUAUAGGCCAUUGAUCACCUCUACACUUCUGCUGGAGAAAUGACAAGGGGCUAUGAGAGGUGAUCUGAGUAGUGGGCACUGCUGCCAGCCUCUGCCACUUUCUUGCCUUCCGUUUGGUGUAAUCAGCCAUGCUCUCUCCAGGCUCAUCCUCCAUCUGCAACCUCACUUCUAAAACCAUGCUGCUGCACCAUCCCAGCUGCUACAGCAGGAGACAAGGACUUUUCCCGGGGGGAAGCAUAUCUGGCCGGAUCAGUGUGUACCCUGUUACACAAGAGG